AUGCCUUCAAUCCGCCGCAGUAAAUCCCCAAAGUGUCACCUUCUCGCCCUACCUCGCGAAAUUCGAGACAAGAUCCAUCGAUAUGUUCAAUUGGGACAGCGAAUUGACAAGCCGAGAGUAACGAGCACUAGCUAUCUCAAGCCAGACGACAAUACAAUUUGGCCCAACGCUUAUCAACUCCUCAAAGAAUCUGAGUAUCGAGAACAAAGAGAUCCCAGGGCAGUGUUCCGGCCAGAUGCCGAAGACAUACUAAUACUGGCGCGAACAUGCGAACAGCUUUACAAAGAAUCAAACCAGAUUUUUUACAGUGAGAAUACGUUCUCGUUUGCUUGCACUUGGAGUUUGUAUUGUUAUCUAUAUAUGAUUGGCGAGGAAAAGCGACUGUGUAUCCGCCAUAUAUUUUUCCGAUUCAAUGGACUUCAGAGAGUAGAUGCAUUCAAGUUACUUGGGGAGUGUGAAUCGUUGAAGACUCCCAAGAUAGGAGUUGAACAGGAUACGAUGGCUGGUAGUAAACAACCUAAGUUGGAUUUAUUGACGGCAAGAGGCCUUUCUACAUUGAGAAAAAUAAGAGGCAUGGAAAAUUUGGUGGUAGAUGUGGUAGAAAUGGACCGACCAUCUAGACAAACUUACUUGUUCCCCUACACAGUAUCGCUGGACGUACCUUCAAAGGGUCCAUAUUUCAAGCCGGAAAAAGUUCAAGAAUUUGCAAGGAUGUUGACAGAAGAGAUGAAUUGGAAAAAGGAGACGCCGGAGCAGAAUAAGAUCCAGGACGUAUCAUCAAAAGAGGAAGAAAUUCUGCAGUCGGAGCUAAAGCCCAACAAGUCGAAACCAUUUGAAGUUUCUAAAACUCGAACUCUACGCUCAAGUAAAGUCCAGAAGUCGACAUCCACAACCAGCAGAAGAAAAGCGACAAAAAAGGCAAAGAUAGGUGGAAAGGAGAAUUAA